AUGGAUAUACUUUUCUCGUUGGUUGGUUUAGGUCGCUUACAACCUGGGGACCAGAUCUUAGAGGUGAACGGAGACAGCCUGCUGGGUGUGACCAGUGAAAGAGCUGUGGACAUCCUCAGAACAGCCUCUGCUACCAACCACAUGCGCCUUCUUAUCGCACGAGAUGACGAUGCCCGGAGAGAGUUUGCCGAGCUUCUGGAAAAAUUCGGCUCUCAUAGCAACACAGGGUCGGCACGCAGCUCCCCAGUUCUCCAUGGUAGCGGGAGGUAUCUAGAAAGCACCUCCUCGGGUUCCUCCUCACGUUCCCAGAGUCCGUUGCUGCUGAGCCCGGCAAAUUCCCAAGGACCGUUGAUUGGAAAUCCUGGACAUUCACCACAUGCGAUCUCACACUGCCCUAUUGAAUCAGGGAUCCAGAGCAUCACGGUAGCAAAAUCCUCUGGGUUGGGGUUGACCAUCGGUGGAGGGGCCAACAGGCCUGACGGACCCAUGGUUUAUGUCCAGGAGCUCCAUCCAGAAGGCGACUGCUAUAGGGAUGGGCGUCUGAGAGUAGGGGACCAGCUCAUUGCAAUCAACAAAGACUCGUUGGUGGGUACCACACAUGAAGAGGCCAAAAGGAUACUGGCAAAGACAAAAUUCAGACACGAAGGGACCACUGAAGUGGCCUUCAUUGCUGGAAGGGGACGGUUGCACCCUGGACCCUCGGCUCCCAACAAUAUCCACGCCUCGCCUCCCAAAUCCGUGGGGAACGGCCUGAGCUCUUACCGGUUAAAAGUCCACGUGAGGUCCCCCGAGAGCAGACACGACAGCCCCUUCCCAGUGCCUUCUCCAUCACCAGAUAUCUGCCCUCCAGAGCUCACCAUAUCUGCUCCUGUUUCCCCCUCCAACCAGCGAGCGGCGCUCGUGGCCAAGCCCAAGGUAGCCCUGGAUCCUCACCGGCCUUGCCUGCUUUAA